GCAACUAAUAAAAAAUAUGGGAAGAUCUCCUUCUCGUGAUGAGAAUAAUGGUCUCAAGAAAGGUCCUUGGACCCCUGAAGAAGACCAAAAACUUGUCAUACACAUUCAACUUCAUGGUCAUGGAAGCUGGAGAGCUCUCCCAAAACUUGCAGGUCUGAACAGAUGUGGGAAGAGCUGUAGAUUAAGAUGGACAAACUACUUGAGACCUGACAUAAAGAGAGGAAAAUUUUCCCAAGAAGAAGAACAGACUAUUCUCAAUCUUCACUCCAUCCUUGGAAACAAGUGGUCAGCGAUUGCAACACACCUACCAGGAAGAACGGAUAAUGAAAUCAAGAAUUUUUGGAAUACUCAUCUGAAGAAGAAACUUAUCCAAAUGGGUUUCGAUCCAAUGACACAUCGCCCAAGAACCGAUCUUUUUUCGAGCUUGCCUCAGUUGAUAGCUUUGGCAAGUUUGAAAGAAUUUAUGGACAAUAAUAAUCAGCUUCCUUAUGAAGAGUUAAUAUCAAGAUUAGUUCAAACAGAAGCUGUUAAUGAAAUGGUCAGGGUUCGAUAUAUUCAGUCUAUUCUUCAAUCAAACAUAUUAGCAACUACCAAUUACCCAACCAACAUUGCAGAUAAUGUUCAAGCCUUCAUUCUAUUGAAUUCUCUUUCAUUAAUCAAAGAGAACUCUACAUCUUCUAUGGUGAAUUCCUUACCUCAGUUGGACAAUAUGGCAGCAAUCCCCUACAAUGAUCAUGAUUUGCCUCAGCUGCAAGACUACUCUUGCAAUAAUUUUCAGACAUCUUUGGGUGAUUUUCGUCGUGAUAUUAUUGCAAGCCAAGGAGGUUCUGAUUUUGCAUUGCUAAAUGAAGGAGAAAAUAUAACACCUAAAACAUCACUAGGGUUUCCAUCAUCUCCUGCUGAUGAUUGUAUCCGUCCCACUCCUCCAACUGCUCAUCGUAAUGACAGAAGCGCGAGUAGUCUCGGCGAGAGCAGUGACGCUUGCAGUACCAAUACUACGAUGACAACCACUAAUGCUAUCUAUGGUGGUGAAGUUCCUUCAUUAUUUUGGCCUGAACUCUAUUCUGUCGAAGAUCCUAGUUUUUAUCCAUGAAGUAGAUGUCUGUUUAAUUUCCUAUAAAUAGUGAGCUAGUAUUAUACAUAUACGUACGUACACUUUGGUUAUAUAUGAUGAUCAUAUAUAAGAUCAAAUUAAGCUACUGUUUGGGACAUGUAUUUCAGCCUAGUACGAACACAUAGUGAUACUAUACGAUAGAUUGAUUACACACGCAAGCUAGAUCAUUGUUCUGAUUAACUUUGUGCCAGGGCCCUCGGUUUUAUGCAUUGUUCAAAUAUUAUAGAAAUUACCUAAUCC